ACUUAACUGUCAUAGCACAGCUGAUUUGUAUAUAGUUUCGCAUUCAAAUAACGUCGUUUCUUGAAUUUUUUAAAUAAAAGAAAAAGUAAUUAUAACUUAAAUAAGAUUAUUAAGAUAUAAUACACCUCAAGUACAAACUUAAAAUUGAUUCUACCUAGUCAAUCCCAUUAAAAAUGGGGUUGUAAACGAUGUUUUAGGUUAUAUCUUUCGAAUUAUUAUUUAAGCUAAAUCCGAAAUUAUUGUGUAAAACGAUGGCUAUUUUUAAAAAGUUACUACCAUUACCGAAAGUUUAUUUGCGACGGACAAGCAGAAGGUAUGCCAGUAGCAGAAAUAUAUUAAAACUUAGCGAAAGAGGAAUGUACCAGGACUUGUUUCCGAAUACCGCGGCCAAUGAAAUAAUAAAUCUAUUGAACAAAUCUCCACAAUGUGUGUAUGCAGGAUUUGACCCUACAGCUGACAGUCUGCAUGUGGGGAACCUAUUAGUAAUAAUUAAUCUUUUACAUUGGCAGCGAGGCGGACACAAUGUCAUAGCUUUGUUGGGAGGUGCCACAGGGUAUAUAGGCGAUCCCAGUGGAAAAAGCACAGAAAGAACAGCAUUGCCUCAGGAUGUAUUACAAAAUAAUAUAAAUUGCAUAAAAAGUAAUCUUGAGCAAGUAUUUGAGAAUCACAAAAAGUAUAUUUGGUCAGAAGAUGGAAACAAACUCAAACCAAUAAACAUUGUAAAUAAUGAGACAUGGUACAGAGAAAUAGAUUCAAUAAGGUUCAUCAGUGAAAUUGGAAGGAAUUUCAGAAUGGGCACAAUGUUAUUAAAACAAACUGUACAAAAUAGAAUCAAUUCGGACAUUGGCAUGAGUUUCACAGAGUUUGCUUACCAAAUAUUCCAAUCUUAUGAUUGGUUGCAUUUGUUGAAAGAAUAUGAUUGCAGGUUUCAGAUAGGUGGAAGUGACCAAAUGGGUAACAUAAGCGCUGGACAUGAUCUUAUUAGUAAGACUGCAAAACAAAAUGUAUAUGGUUUAACAUUACCUUUAGUGACAACAGAAGAAGGAGACAAGCUCGGUAAAUCAGCUGGGAACGCGAUAUGGCUAGAUGGCAAGAAGACAAGUCCAUACAGUUUAUACCAAUAUUUCAUCAGGACCAAAGACGCAGAUGUAGAGAAACUGUUAAAGUUGUUUACAUUCUAUAGUUUAGGAGAAAUCAAGGAUAUAAUGUACAAACAUAAACAACACCCAGAGCAGAGGUACCCACAGCAGUGUUUGGCCGAACAGCUCACCACAUUGGUCCACGGAGAAGAGGGUCUGUCAAUGGCAAGAAAAACCACCGAAGCUAUUUACAGUAAAGAUGUGAAGUCAUUAGUUUCUUUGUCUCAAAAAGAUAUGCAGCUAGUUUUUGAAGGUGCUACUAUAGUUAAGCUGCUGCUAUCACCUGGCAUUACAGUAUUGGAACUUGGAUUGAAGGCAAAAUGUUUCCCUACAGAAAGUGAUGCUAUCAGAAUAAUUCAAGCAGGAGGCUUUUACAUAAAUCACCAAAAAAUCAAGAAGAUUGACGAAGUUAUUACUGAAUCUGCACACAUACUGCCGAACCUCGUUUCGCUUUUACGAGUGGGCAAACGAAACUAUUACAUAGUGAAAUGGCAAACGUAAAAGUUCUGUAAAUUGUUGUAAAUAAAAUACUAAAUAAUA